AUGAGCAUCACUACCACCGUGGUUAAAGGGCCUUUAAAUCUUGGCAACCUACCUUCUGAAUUCUCGACCAACCCAAUUCUCUCAUGGUAUGCGAAAUAUGCGGUGGACUUCAGCAUCGCCAAAACCACAACGCCGCCUACCAAAUACUACGCUUCCAAUGCGACCCUGGUGAACGUUGAUCAAUCUAUUAUCUGUGGGGCCAAAGAGAUUUGGGACUACUACAUCGAUAUCUAUGGACACUUCGAGCGUUGUGUGCAUGAUUUAAUCUCAAUCGUUGUUUUGAGUGAUGAAGAGUGUGGCAAGCAUACCAUGAUUGUGGAGACUACGAACAACUUGCAUCUCAAAGAUGGAAAGGGAAUAGUACCUGUACCCCAGGCAUUUGUCUAUGAUAUUGCCAAAUCCGAGGAAGGAUGCGGUACGGAUGGCCUACAAAUCUGGAAAUUGAAAUGUUACUUUGAUAAGGGUUUGCUGGAGAGGGCGGCGAGCACCUAA